CCGGUGGGCUGCCUCCGCGGGAUGCGGGUGGCGUCGCGGUGGCCGAGUCCACGGCCGGACCCCCGGGACCUUUCGCGACUCUAGUGGCUCUCAGGCGGCUUUCACUUCUCGGUGGCGGGGCCUCUUGCAGUCUCGCGGCUGCGGGCACAAUGUAGGACAGGAGGACACCCCCCACCCCUCACUCCGCCGCACAGCCAUGUCUACAGCGGAGGCUGCGGCGACGGCCCAGGCCCGGGCACCCGGCAGCACGAUCAAGUUCAGCAGCCCUCGCCAAAUCCCGGUAGUCGGGGUGGUGACGGAGGACGAGGAAGCGCAGGGUGUUUUCAAGCCUGUGGACCUAAAUUGUGUCAUCAAACUCCUCGAAGAGACUGGUAAAGAUGAUUUAGAAGAAAAACAACUUAAAUCUGUCAAGAAAAUGGUGCAGUGUUAUCAGAAUGGACUUCCCCUAAGGGAUUUAGCACAGAUAUUUAAAAUUCUGAAUCUGUGUGCAGGAAAAAUUAAAAAACAGCCCCAUUUUAUAGAACCUGCAUGUAAUAUCCUAAAAUUAUGUGGCUUGCCAUUUUUGAAAAAGAAAGUAUCGGAUGAAAUAACAUAUGCUGAAGAUACUGCUAAUUCAAUUGCACUUCUGGGUGACUUAAUGAUAAUACCAAGUUCUGAAUUGAGGAUACAAAUUUGUAAGUGUAUUAUUGACUUUUAUCAUGCAGAACCACCAAAGCAGCAUAUUACAGGUUACCAGCAGGCUAGUUCAUCAUAUAAGAUUAAAAUGGCUGAAGUUGGAGGAUUGGCAAAAACAAUGGUCCAGUCAUUGGUGUUGUUUGAAAAUCAACUUGUUGAGAAACUUUGGGUACUUAAAACUCUACAACAUCUCUCAGCUUCUGAAGUUAAUUGUACUUUAAUGGUGAAAGCACAAGCAGCCAGUGGAAUCUGUGCUCACCUCAAUGACCCAGAUCCCUCUGGACAGCUUCUAUUUCGUUCAUCCGAAAUACUUUGGAACUUAUUGGAAAAAUCUUCAAAAGAAGAAAUCAUACAACAGCUUAGUAACUUGGAAUGUUUGCUGGCUUUGAAGAAAGUAUUUAAAAAUCUGUUUACAAGAGGUCUUAGUCAUUAUGAUCGUCAGCUUAGAAAUGACAUAUUAGUGAUCACAACAAUUAUAUCUCAAAAUCCUGGAGCACCAAUGAUUGAGUGUGGCUUUACCAGGGAUUUGAUAUUAUUUGCAACAUUUAAUGAAGUUAAAAGCCAAAAUCCUUUGGUGAAAGGUCUUAAGUUUUCUAAUUCCUAUGAAGAUUUUGAGUUGAAGAAAUUGCUAUUCAAUAUAAUUGUGACCUUUUGUAAAGAUUUAUCUACUAUACAGCUAUUAAUUGAUGGCAAAGUUAUUUUGGCUUUGUUUACCUAUGUUAAAAAGCCUGAGAAACAUAAAAUAGUUGAAUGGUCUGCAGCACAGUAUGAAGAAUUACAACUGCACGCAAUUGCCACUUUGUCAUCAGUGGCUCCUUUUUUAAUAGACGAGUACAUGUUGUAUCAGGGAAAUGCUCACGUCCUUGCAUUUUUAGAAUGGUGUGACAGUGAAGAUUCCUUCUUUAGUCAUGGGAACAGUUUUCAUGGUACAGGUGGCCGUGGAAACAAGUUUGCCCAGAUGCGUUACAGUUUAAGACUCUUGAGAGCCAUGGUCUACCUUGAGCAUGAGACCAUACACAAGGAUCUUUGUGAAAAGAGAGCAAUUCAGCAACUGAUAGGAAUCUUUAAAAAUAUAAUAAGCAAGUAUAAUGAUAAGGAAGAGGCCAUUCUUUUGGAAAUUCAAUCUGAUAUUUUACUUAUUUUAUCUGGUCUUUGUGAACAUCAUAUUCCUAGGAAGGAAAUUUUUGGAACUGAAGGAGUGGAUAUAAUUCUUCAUGUAAUGAAAACAGACCCCAAGAAGUUACAGAGUGGAUUAGGCUAUAAUGUACUUCUUUUUAGUACAUUGGACAGCAUUUGGUGCUGCAUUUUGGGAUGUUACCCCUCAGAGGAUUACUUUCUUGAAAAGGAAGGCAUUUUUCUCCUUUUGGAUUUAAUGGCAUUGAACCAAAAAAAAUUCUGUAAUCUAAUACUUGGAAUAAUGGUUGAAUUUUGUGAUAAUCCCAAAACUGUAGCUUAUGUCAAUGCUUGGCGAGGGAAGAAGGAUCAAACAGCUGCUAGUCUUUUAAUUAAAUUGUGGAGAAAGGAAGAGAAAGAACUAGGAGUAAAACGUGAUAAACAUGGGAAGAUCGUUGAUACAAAGAAACCUCUAUUUACUAGUUUUCAAGAAGAGCAAAAAAUCACACCACUGCCUGCUAACUGCCCAACCAUUGCAGUUAUGGAUGUUGCUGAAAAUAUCAGAGCAAAAAUUUAUGCUGUGUUGGGCAAACUAGAUUUUGAAAAUUUACCUGGCUUAUCUGCUGAAGAUUUUGUUACCCUCUGUAUCAUACAUAGAUACCUUGAUUUUAAAAUUGGAGAAAUAUGGAAUGAAAUAUAUGAAGAAAUAAAAUUAGAAAAGUUAAGACCAGUCACUACAGACAAAAAAAUUUUGGAAUCUAUUAUAACAGCAUCAGAAAAUAUUGGAAAGAUGGUUGCUUCUCUGCAAAGCGAGAUGAUUGAAAGCCAAGCAUGCCAAGAUGUGCAAAAUGAACAAAAAGUAUAUACAAAAGUACAAGCCACACACAAGCAAAGAGAAUUGGCUAAUAAAUCAUGGGAAAAUUUCUUGGCUAGAACAUCAAAUGUUAAAACUUUAAAGAAAGCAAAAAGACUUCAGGAGAAAGGUAUAGAGUCCUCUAGAUACAGUGAGCAUCCACCAAAUGCAGUAUUUCACCCGACAGAUAUUAAAGGCCUUCACACAACAGUGCCCUCUGGUGGUGUAGUAACAGUGGAAAGCACUCCUGCCCGAUUAGUGGGAGGACCUCUGGCUGAUACAGAUAUUACUCUUAAAAAACUUCCUAUUCGAGGAGGAGCCUUACAGAGAGUAAAAGCAGUAAAAACUGUGAAUGAGCCAGAGAAGAGCGUUCCCGCAUAAAAUACUCUGGAGACUUUUUGAAAUAAAUUCUGCUUAUAAUUUUUUAGUUAAAUAUCUGUAUAUAUGAAUGUAAAGCAAAUGUUUUAGAAUAAAUAUUUUAGUAAAAUACUAUUAAAAUAAAAGCACAUAUAAUGUAUUUUUAUUGAAAAUAUCAACACAUACUGUGAGAAGAGUUAUCAUCAAUUUCUUUCUAAAGAUUACAAUUCUCUUAACUGAAAAUUGUAAAACAUGUUGUAUCAGUUGACUCUUUCAAUUGAUGUGAACUACUCCAACUGGUUUAAGCCAAAAAACAAAACAAAACAAAAACAAAAAAACCCAACUUUUACAGGCUCUGGGGCUAUCAAAUCUAGGACUGAUUAAAACUACAGGCAUUGUUGGAUCUAGGAACUGAAACUCUGUGAGUAGGCUCUUCUCCUUCCCUAGCAGCUCCUGAAUUAUAUUCUCCCAGGUUGAUAUCCAGUAGAAAAGAGUGCAUGCCUAUCUCUCAACAAUCUCUGCAACUGUCUCUGCAUCUUGGGACCCCUGAUUGGCCAUAUGCCCACUCCUGAACCAUUCAUCAUGACUUUGGCCAGAUCUGAGAACUGCCUACACUCAGAGACAGAAGGAAGCCAAUCCCAUCCAAAGCAUAUGGAUGGAGUAGGGAAUCAGGAUAUUAUUAAUAUAUGUUAUUAUAAGUAUAUACAAAUACUGGGCAGCAAAAACAUUUGCAACAAAUGUGUUGGUCAAAGUAAAAUAAGUUCUCUCUCCUAUAAAAAGCAAAUGUUAUUCAUAAGCUAAACAAUAAAACUAAAAUAAACAUGUUUUAACUCUUAAUAUAUAAAUAAAUUCUAAUGCUACUUCUCUUCCUUAAUGGGGAAGGAAAGGGGGGAGUAGGGAGAAACUCUUUUGGUGGUGGAGGUAUCUUGCCAAAUAGGAGGUAGAUGCCUUAAUGCUAGAUGUAGAGCAAAGUGUCUGUGUCCCUGUAUGGCAUUAUGCGGUUUCCACAGCCUGUAUCCAUUUCCGUCAACCCCCUUCUCCACUCAGGAAGCUGCAAAAUUGAGUUCACGUCCAGGGCUGGGAGAGACAAGAAUCUGUUUUCUCAGAAAGGAAAAUAUACUGGAAUUUGAGUCUAGACUCUAGGCCCAUAGUGUGCACACAGCAGUGUACUGGUUAAAUGUAUAACAACCAGCUCUGCAAGGGGAAAAAACCCUUAUUUGUAGUGUUUGCCAAUCCCACUAUGACCAAUUUCAAGCUACCAACAUGGUGCUACUGAAUGCAGAGUUGGGAAGACAUGCAUAGAAUCCACUUUCAUUAUCA